CAGAAACUAAUGCCUGUCGCUUCCGUUUUCCGCUCUCACUCCCUUGCCUAUCUCCUAUUCUCACUGUUAUUCUUAUCCAAUCUCGUCGAAUCGUAUUUCUCGUCUACGCAACAUAAACGUAUUGAUGGGGAACAUUACGAACAACACAGGAAUGUUAUUGAAUAUAAUAAGAGGGAUGCAAAUGGAACUUUGACGUGUAACGAACGAGAGGACAUUUGUGAUUUGGGCUAUGAUCAAGUGACUCAUAUAGGUACGCACAAUAGCGGAGCGUAUGAUUUGGCCUUCGACUGCGACCAGAUAGUCUCAACUUGCCUUGAUUCAUCAACCGCUUGCACCAAGCAGCUUUCCUCCUGUCUUGCUUCAUAUCCACUCUAUUGCUCUGCGGCAGCAUCGAUCUGCAAACAAUGGCAUCCAUCAUGGUCGCAUUUUUUCUGUGAUGGAUUCGAUGCAAUUUGUAAGAAGACAGAUAUGAUGUGUUAUUUGUGGGAAGGUAUCUGCAGCGAUACGACAAAUGUGUGUGCAUUAUGGGGUAAUGCGUGUGAGAACGGCCCACCGGAGUGGUUUUUGGGAUGCCUGUGGGAGAAUAAUGCGGGUAUGGAUGUUAUGAGACAGUUAGAGGAUGGAAUACGUUAUUUGGACUUGGAUACAUGCCAAACAAAAGACACGGUUGUCAUCUGUCAUGGAAUGGGAUUGCCGCGCGCCCUCGGACACUCGCUGGAUGACGUUUUUUCUCUAAUUAGAUCCUUCCUACUCUCUCACCCAAACGAAGUCGUGUCCCUUGGAUUUGGCGACUAUGAUGGCAAUGCUACUUUUAUUGCCUCGUUCAUUCAGAGCAAGCUUUCGCAAUAUUUUACUUUUCCUAAUGGCACCUCUCUCUUCUUGUCUCGCACUAAUAAUACUCAACCAUGGCCUACCCUGCGUGAAAUGAUUGAGAGCAAUCGCAGAGUUGUUGUCUGGUUCGAGUGGUUAUAUAAUGAUUUUGGGACUCAAAAGAGAGAAGAUUGGAUACACAGUUCGCAGUAUUGGAUGACUAAAAGCUAUGAUUACGCAUAUGCUGCGACGACUCCCCAAAAGUUGAAUGAAAGUUUUGUGAAUUGGUGUGGCAAUGCUGAUGAAGUGAUAGCGAGCAAUGUUGCGGACUUUGGGAGACUGAAGUGGCAGAUUGUGGACGAUGUCGUAAGUUAUGAUCCAGGCGAAAUAGUUUCGUAUCUGCAAUCACGUACUCGUCCUUCUGAGAUCUGUCUCCAAUCACAAGCGAACCAGGUGAAUUUCGGAACGCUCGAUUUUUUUGCCGAUUUCUGUGUGAAAAAGUUUGAUUAUAUAUUUCGAAUUACUGUUGACUAUUACUGGAAAAGCAAUUUGUUUGAAGUAGCAAAGAAGUUGAAUGACUGGAACGUGGAACGAGUGAAAGGAUGGGUUUGA